CAAAGAAAACUAAAGUGAUGAAGGAGAAAGGGUUGUGCUGAAGCUAAGUAUCACAAGAUGGGAAGGUAAAUAAAGUGUCUAUUGCACCUUUAUGUUCUUGAUCUUGAACCUGUUGUAUUGGGUCAGAAUCUUCUUUCAAUAUCAUAUUGUCCAACUUCAGCAUUGGUUCUUCACUGCACAGUUCAAAUGAGUCAAACAUUUUAGAUUUUAUUUUUCAAUUUUGUCAUCAAUUCAUUACAGCCUGAAAAUUUACCAUUAGUCCAAUAUAAUGUUAAUCAAUUUGGUUCUUUGAAAGCAAAUAAAAGUCCAUACUUUGCUUUACCACUUGAAGGUUCCGAAUUAGGACUUAGGCUGUGUAAAGUAGUUUUGAGAUAUUUUACAGUAUGAAAAUCUAUGUCUUUUUUUAAUGUUUUUGCGAUUGUAGAACAAAGUGAAAGCAAGAGUAUAAUAGUUCUAGUAGUUGUGCCAAUCAUAUUAGUAUUAAUCUUCUUGGCUUCGAGCAGCUUUUUUAUCAUUAGAAAUGUAAGAAGAAGAGCUAAAGGAAAGGGAAAGGCCUUUAAUAACACUAGAGUGAAGCAUAGAGUGAAGCGGUCGAUUAAGGUGCCCACGAUUAGUAACAAGCUAGCAGAUAUGAUGAUUAUUCAUGGAGGAAAUAUGGCCAAAAGCCAAUCAAAGGUUCUCCACACCCAAGAUAAUUGAAGUCAUAUCGGGUUGAAAGCUAAGCGAUUGUGUAGAGAUUGCCAAGCGACCGUUGAAAAUUGAAGACUGAGAAGGCAUUUAGGAUUUUUAAUUAUUUAAUUCUUGUAUUAGAAUCUUUUUUCAUGUACUAUUGUAGA